UGCCAUGAUCUUGCUUCCGCUAGAAUGGUUCCCGCUGAAUAAGCUGAGUGCCGGAGACUAUUUUCACAUGGCUUACAACGUCAUCACCCCUUUUCUGCUUUUGAAGCUCAUCGAGCGGUCCCCCAAGGCCCUCCCCCAGUCCAUGGUAUACAUCAGCAUCAUCACCUUCGUCAUGGGAGCCAGCAUUCACUUGGUGGGCGAUUCCGUCAGUCGCUGGCUGAUCUUCAGCAGCUAUCAGCUCCACCUGUCAGUCCGAGAGAACCCCAUCAUCAAGAACCUCAAGCCCGAGAUGCUGAUCGACUCCUUUGAACUGCUGUACUACUACGACGAAUACCUCGGCCAUUCCAUGUGGUACAUCCCCUUCUUUCUCAUUCUGUGUAUCUAUUUUUCUGGCUGCUUCAUUCCCAAAAAAGAGGAGCCAAGGAUCCCGGUAGCAGCCUUGCUGCUUAUUGGGCCUAGCAGUCUCUACUACUGGUAUCUUGUCACUGAAGGUCAAAUCUUCAUACUCUUCAUUUUCACCUUCUUCGCCAUGAUGGCUUUGGUGAUGCACAAGAAGUGGAAGGGGUUGAUCCUAGACAGUAACGGCCAUUUCCUCUUCUACUCAUUCUUUAUAACGCUGGUGUUGAUUGCCCUGUGGGUUGGAUGGCUCUGGAACGACAAGAUCCUCAGGAAGAAAUAG